AACGGAGGAUGAGCUCAUCUGCAGCCAAUGGCUGGCUGCACCGGGCCAGAAGCCUGCACCUGGCUGGGGGGCGCAAAGCCCGGGUCUGCGGUGCUCGGUGCCCCGCGGAGGUGAAGGGUGAGCGGCGGCACCUUGGGCACGCGGUCUGAGUUCUGGCUCCGGCAGGUCGCACCUGCAGGGCCGCAGCCAUGAGCCUGGUGGCCUGCGAGUGCCCUCCCGGCCCUGGGCAGGAGCCUGAGCCCUGCUCACGAGCGCAGUCCCAGGCCCGGGUGUACCUGGAGCAGAUUCGCACCCGGGUGGCUCCGGGAGCACCUGACGUGACCAAGCGUGACUACCUGGUGGAUGCAGCCACGCAGAUCCGGCUGGCCCUGGAACGUGACGUCAGUGAGGACUAUGAGGCAGCCUUCAACCACUACCAGAACGGCGUGGACAUUCUGCUGCGAGGCAUGCCCGUCGACCCCAACAAGGAGCGAUGUGAGGCUGUAAAGCUGAAAAUUACCAAGUACCUGCGGCGGGCAGAGGAGAUCUUCAACUGCCACCUGCAGAGGACACUGGGCCGCGGGGCCAGCCCCGGCACGGGUUUCAGCAGCCUGAGGCUCCGGCCCAUCCGCACUCUGAGCUCUGCCCUGGAGCAGCUGAGGGGCUGCAGGGUGAUCGGGGUCAUCGAGAAGGUGCAGCUGGUUCAGGACCCAGCGACUGGAGGGACCUUCGUGGUGAAGAGCCUGUCCAGGUGUCACCUGGCGAGCCGGGAGCGGCUGACCAUCAUCCCGCACGGCGUCCCCUACAUGACCAAGCUGCUGCGGUACUUCGUGAGCGAGGACUCCAUCUUCCUGCACCUGGAGCACAUCCAAGGAGGCACGCUCUGGUCCCACCUGCUCUCCCAGGCACGCCCCCAGCAGUCUGGGCUCAGGCCUGACUCCGGCCUGGAGAGGACGAAGGCUCAGCUCAACGCCCACCUCAGCCUCCGGACCCCAACGUUGCCGCCCCCGGGCCACACCCGCCUGCAGGACAGAGUGCCCCUGGGGCCUCCUUGGACUCGUCAGAGCCUUCCCCCAGCCAGGGAGGCCCCAUCCAGCAGACCCCAGAGAGAGGAGGAAGGUGAACCCUCAGCCAGAACCAGCAUUUCCUGCUUCUCGGACCUUCCGAAGGCCCCAAGUGGCCGCCUGCACCUCCAGUCCCGGCGAGGACCUGGCCAGAACUCAGACACGGGGUCCCCUUGGGGGCUCCCUUGGGUCCGUGAGGGAGCUGGCCGGGUGCUGGGGGGCUGUGGCCGAGGUAGAGCUCAGAGUCACCCCUCAGUGCACAGGGCCAGCCUGGGGCCUGGCGGGGGCGCCUGGAGUGUGAGGGAAGAGCAGGUCACGCAGUGGGCGGCCGAGAUGCUGGUGGCACUGGAGGCGCUGCACGAGCAGGGGGUGCUGUGCCGGGACCUCAAUCCCCGGAAUCUGCUUCUGGACCAGGCAGGUCACAUCCGGCUCACGUAUUUUGGCCAGUGGUCCGAGGUGGAGCCCCAGUGCUGCAGGGAGGCUGUGGACGGCCUCUACAGCGCCCCAGAGGUGGGCGGGAUUGCCGAGCUCACCGAAGCCUGUGACUGGUGGAGCUUUGGGUCUCUGCUGUAUGAGCUGCUGACUGGAACGGCCCUGUCCCAGAGCCACCCCUCAGGGAUCCAGCCCCACACCCAGCUCCAGCUGCCUGAGGGGCUCAGUGGUCCCGCAGCCUCCCUGCUGACUGAGCUCUUGCGGUUCAACCCCAGCCAGCGCCUGGGCACUGGCGAAGGCGGUGUCAGCAGACUCAAGGCCCACCCCUUUUUCAGUACUGUCCGGUGGAGCACACUGGUGGGGUAAGAGGGAGCGGAGUGGGCGAUGGAAGCCGCUGCACUGGUCUGGAUCUCCUCUCUUGGCCCCCAGAGCCAGCCCCUCCCAUCAGUGGCCCUCUGCGGAGAAUGCAGGGCAGCUGUGCCUCCUGCUCCACCCCCCCUCCCUUGGGCCGCUUAAGUGAUCAGCGCCCUGGCCCAGGAGGGGCGAAGGGGUCUCCCCACCAGCUCUUGGAGAAACCCCUUCUAGUCACUGCUGAGGGAGAGGGACAGGACCCGUCUCUCACCCUGCGGGGCAGCUCGGACCCCCCACCGGUCCAUCCUCCAGCCACCAGCCAGCGGCGACCUGUCGAGUGCACACUCUGAAACUCGAAUGCAGACCCAGCCCUGGGUGGGUUCAAGGGCGCCUGCUGUCACGGUAGCCCUGGACUGCUGGCCACCUGCUGAGCCGACCUCGAAGUCUUGCGACUCAUUACCUGCCAUGCUGUGCCCCACUUGGGGCAUCUCUGGAGACAAUCCUCAGGAUACUGGUCCGCUGGCCUAGUGGACUCCAACCAGGGCUGCCUGGCUGGCAUCUUAGCCGUGUAACUGGUGGGCCUCUUGUACCAGAGGCUGCUCCUGCGGGGGCUGUGGAGAGGGGCAGGGUGGCAGUCUGCAGUGGGCCUGAGGCCGGGGACCGGGUGACCCACUCCCCCUCUGGACCAUGCCCGCUAUCUUGUGAUUUCAGACUUUGAAGAGCAGAGAGAAGGGGGUGGGGAGAGGGUGGAAUGCACACCCUUGCCAAUUAGGGCAAUUUGGAAACAGCAUGGAGAGCCCCCCUCCCCAGCUAGCCCAGGAGGGUGCAGAGACCGGGGAGCCUGCCCCAUGGGUCAGAGAAGAGACCCCAAUUCCGCCUUCAGGCGGAGCUGCUAAGUUGAACCCAUUAGAAUUCCCUCCUGGGGCAUUCCUCCGUUUACUCUUUGGCAUUUUAGUCUUGAGGGUCCACUCGGUUCACUGCCUACUGUGACUUCAUUCCCUUUUAAAAUGAACCACCACACACACAGAAUGAUCGCCCAAGCUUUUAGCCAGAAGCAAGGUGUUUCUGGCCUCUGAAAAGCUGGGGGUAAGUAGCUGCCCCCAAAGACAGUCCCCUCCUCAGGUUUGGGGGGGGGGUGCUCUAUCUUCUCAGAACUCACUGUGUCACUGGGGUGUGGCACCUAAACUUCCACCAGACCUCUGCCCCCAACUCCUUGCCUCCAGUGUGUCUGCACCACCACCAGGUGGCGCCCCUGACACUAAUCUCCAUCUGACUGUGAAGGUCCAACUCUAACCCAGGUGAUAGGGACCCAUGUUUCCUGGGAGGGCAGCGUGGCCCUGGGGCAGAGGACACUGAGAAGCAUGGCCUGGCAUGGUCCUGGUUUCCCUGGGGCUUGCCCAUGCCCCCAAUAAAGCCUGAUGUCA